AUGAAAAAAAGCCCUGUUAUUUUACUUUCAGGUGGUGUUGAUCACAAAUACUCCGAUGGAAUGAUUGAUCUAGAUGUUAAUACCGUUGUUGUCGACACUGUCGGAAUGAUUCUCUUCGCCCUCUACCAUGGCAUUAUUAUUAUUGUUUUGGUCAACAUGCUAAUCGCCAUGAUGAGUCACUCAUUUGAAAGCAUUCAGGAAGAUUGUGACGUGGAAUGGAAGUUCGCUCGAACUAAACUUUGGCUCAACUAUAUAGACAAUGGUUCCACACUUCCGGCUCCACUGAACAUUGUCCCGACGGCAAAUACUCUGACUCGGGGGCUCAAAAAUCUCAAGCAAUUCUUCAGACAUGAAGCUGAUGUUGUAGCCGGUUAUGCAAGAAGCACACAUUUUAUCAAGACCAAGCGGGAGAAAGUCUGCAAAAACCGUGAUCUGGAUGUGCUUGAAACCUCCUACGCUGACAUUAUGCAACGACUAGUGAGGCGAUAUCUUUUCAAACGAGAGCGUGCCAAGGAUGCCGAAGGUUUGUUUGUAGUAGUUUAUAGAGUUCAAAUGUUCUCAUUCGCUUCAUUUUUUAUUUAG